AGAAGUGUGUGUGUGUCGCAAUCACACAGGAAAGAGAGAGAGCAAGAGAGAGAGAUUAUUGUUAUACUAGUCAGAGUUCUAGCAGCCAGUGGGCACUCCCUUUGUCUUUAUCUGCUGCUCCUUUUCUUCCACGUACAGGACAAGUACAGAAGCUUAACAUGACCUCAAUGGCUGGUCUGAAUGGAACAGGAAACGGGACUGAUAGUGGUCCCAGCAGCUCCUCGCAGGAUGAAGCUUCAAGAGUUGUCCAAAUCAUAGCUACCAUGAUCAUCUUCCUGGUGGGCGUACCUCUGAAUGGGCUGGUGGUUUGGGCACUUGGAUUGCGGAGUCGUCGUCACCUGGUGCGCAGAGGCAGCGGCGAGGAGACACGUGCUGCCAGCAGUUUCCGUGUCUACGUCCUGAACCUGGCUUUAGCCGACUUGGUGCUGCUCCUGCGGAUCCCCCUCAUGUUGGGCUACCUCAUUCACAACAACAGCUGGCCAUUUGGUCGAGCCUUCUGCCACCUGAUUGUGUUCCUGCGAGGCCUUGGGCUAUACGCCUCCGCCUUCCUCCUCUGUGCUGUGGCUCUGGAGCGAUGCUUGUGUCUUCUGAGGCCCGUGUGGGCUCGACUGCGACGGCCCUCCUGGGCUGUUCCUCUGGCCUGUGGCCUCCUAUGGGUGCUGGCUGCCAUCCUGUCCGCACCCUACCUUCACCUCGCUGAACUGAUGGAAAAGAAUAAAAAAUACCAGUGCGUGGAGACUGGGACAUUCAAUAUGGGCUUGUUUGUCACAGAAACUAUAGCAGGUUUCAUUUUGCCCCUGCUGGUUUUCCUGGGAAGUAAUCUGGUUGUUUUGUUAACCUUUAAGCAAGCAGUGCCCCAAACACCCACCACCUCCACCCCUUCAAAUGCCCGCAGAAUGACCAGGAUGUACCACGUGCUCUUUUCCACCAUGCUCAUCUUCCUCACCUGCUGGGUGCCCUACUUUGUUUGUCGCUUUCUGCUGGCUCUGGCAUACAAAACCCCUGGUGUGUCAUUUUCUGCAUCAGCACUGAAAGGCAAAUACAUCUCUUUGUAUCUGGUGUACAUCAAGAGUGCUCUGAACCCAAUUCUGUAUGUGUUUGCUGCCAGAGGCUUAAGCCGAGCCAUUAAGGAUUCAGUUGUCUCCACUAUUGAACGACUUUUCAAUGACGACUCCGUUGACUCCAUACGAAGGAAAUCACUCAAGAACUCACAGCUGUAGCAGAAAAGUCGACAGUGUUCUGAUGGUUUGGAAUUUUAACUCAGCAUUACUUUCAAAUAGCAGAUUUCUCCAUCUGUGCAAACUCCUAAAAAUGAACUGUGUAGAUGAAAUACAGACGUUAUUACAAGGGAAAGGGGUUGCACUUCAUGCCAAUGUUUUCCGAAUGGGCCUAAAAAUCACAGACAAUCAAGAAAUAGAUGGCCGUCUUGAUGCUUUUUUUUUCACGAGUAGAGAUGUGAUCCUGGUGAGAGAUUUGAAUAUAAAAUACAGUGAUCUUAAUUGAAUCUCUGACUGCACACACUUGGUAUUUCUUCAGAGAACAAGCACGUUGUGUAUGGGGAUUUCCUCCGAUGGGGAACCCUUUGCACAAAAAAAAAAAAAAAGACAUUUAAAGGGAGCAAUCCCAUUAUUUGUCAGGGCACAAAACCGCAAAAGAAAAAACACGCACCUCAUCAAAAAGUGAUUCAGGCCAGAUUUCUUCUUUCAUCUAGAACGAGGAGCUGCUUCUGCUUGGGCAUGCUAAGGGCAGGGUCAUAAUUGGCACCAAAAUGAAUACCUGACUCAUCUUGUCUAUUCAUCUGUAGGCAACACUCUCCUGGUAAAAUAUAAACCAGAGAUGUUACAACAUCAUUUUACUGCCCGUUUCCUGGCUUCAGGGUAACCUUUGCUACGUUGAUUCCUCUACGAUAACGCAUCAUUAACCUUCCAUGCACCAUCUUAUUAGGGCCCCAGGGAGGUAACUGAUACUUUAUUUGCUUAUUUCCUGCAUACUGGUGACUGUGGUUCAGGAGGUAGAGCAGAUUGCCCACAAAUCACAGAAUUGGUGGUUGGACCAGGUUCCAAAGUGUCCUUGAACAAGAUGCUGAAUCCAAAGGUUCUUCUAGUGUGAGCGUGAAAAAGUAAAUGACAGUGUAAAAUGCUUAAUGUACAGCUGAGGUCGUGAUAGUUGUGCCUAAUAACCCACUGAAUGUAUUGCAAACCUGCAGACUCAUAACAUAAGUAUGAAGUAAAGGUGGUAUAGGCUGUUUAUCUCAUUGUGAAUGUACAGUAUGCAUGAUUGGACUUGUUUUUGUUCAGUUUUUGUAUAUAAAAGCAUGCUUAGUUUUUUACUAUUAAUGUAUCAUCUAUGAAAUUACAACCUGUUUAGACCUGAUGUAUUUGACAUACGCAUUAUCCCUCAGUUUAUACUUGUGUACAGGAUGUAUACUUUCCUUUAAAAAAGCAGUAAGUCUUUAUUUUCAUGUACAGUAUUUUUUAAUAAAGUUUUUUGUCUUUCAAAUGACAACAAAGAA